CACGAGGUGGUGGUUGUUUGGGCAAUGCACAUAAAAUGCCUCGAACGGGACCGACAAUGCACAGUUCGCGCCGACGCGCUAGCGCUCCGUACGCACACGAUUUAGUUUAAGGACAAUGGGGAGCACCAACAACAUGUAUCGUUUGACAACGUUUUGCAUUCUACUGGCAGCAACCUUCGCUCAAAACGGUUACGAGUACAAUAAACCAGGCACACCCUUUAACCAGGGAACUCAGACAAAUGGUCCAGGAUUCCCUGGACAAACUGGGUCUUCGGGCAAUGGGUAUCCUUCGUCGCCUACAUCACCAUCUUACCCCAAUCAACAAAGCGAUGCUUAUCCAAGUGGUGUAGGAUCGACACCCGGAUAUCCAUCUGGACCAUCAAACUACCCUUCUGCUGGUGGAAACCAAAACUACCAAGGAAAUAACCAACCUCAAGCUGGAUAUCCCGGAUCAGCCCCGUCUUACCCGAAUCAAGGAAGCACUGGUCCCAGUACAAGCUAUCCCGGACAAACAGGGUCAAACUACCCAGGACAAUCACAGAACAUUCCUAACCAAAAUGGACAAUCAUCUGGCCGACCCGGAAUUUCUAAUGCAAGUCCCGUUAGGCCCGUUGCUCCAGGUUUACUUCCUAGCUCAUCUGGAUUUGGCCCUACCACUCCGGGAUUUAGCCCAGGAUCACUUGGAUCACCUGGAUUCGUCCCUGGAUCACCUGGAUUUGGUCCUGUAUCACCUGGAGUUGGACCUGGAUCACCUGGAGUUGGACCUGGAUCGCCUAGUUUUGGACCUGAGUCGCCUGGGUCGCCUGGAUUUGGCUCGCGGUCAAAUGGAUUUGGCCCUGACAGACCUAACUUCGGCGGAGAUGACACGGGAGCGUACGAAGGUGGUGACUACUCUGCCAUACCUGGAGAGCCAGAUAAAGACUACCCUAUACUCUCCAUUAUACCUGAAACUAGUUUUAGCUGUGGUGCACAACCUUAUCCUGGGUAUUACGCUGAUGUUGAAACUCGCUGUCAAGUUUUCCACGUUUGUGCCAAUAAUAUCACUUAUGACUUCCUAUGCCCCAACGGUACGAUUUUCUCUCAAGAAGUUUUUGUUUGUGUCUGGUGGAAUCAGUUUGACUGCAACUCUGCACCCAGCUUUUAUGAACUUAAUGCCAAUCUAUAUGAUUACUCUAUAAAAGGGCCCGGAUUAUUGCCAGGUUUAACAGAUUUUGGUCAACAACAGGGACAAACUUUUCCUGGAAAUGUUGGCCCUCAGGGCUCGUCAAACUACCCGAAUAUCCCAGGUACAUCAUCUGGCGUUCAAGAAACAGGACCUUCAGCCUAUCCUGGAUCCGCAGGUUCUCAAGGAUCGCAAAGUCCGUCACCUUAUCCAAUCGGUCCGCAAGGACCGACGCAAAAUUAUCCCUCAGGACAAGGUUCACAGGGCCCAUUAGGCCCACAAGGACCUUCUUCCUACCCAAAUCAACAAGGCCCAUCGUCAUCGUACCCUGGACAAGCCACAUCGUAUCCUGGCCAACAAGGUUCAUCUUCCUACCCAGGUCAGCAAGGUCCUUCAUCCACAUAUCCUGGCCAACAAAACCCUUCCUCAACUUACCCAGGCCAACAGGGUCCGUCGUCUUCUUACCCUGGGCAACAAGGAGUCACGUCUUCUUACCCUGGUAGCUCUGGGUACCCCACGUCAACGUCGUCACAGAGUCAAGGUCAACAAGGUUCGAACUAUCCCGCAUCUCAAGGCCAAUCAAAUUACCCUGGCAGCAGUCAAGGAUACCCUUCAGGCAAACCUAAUGGACCCAGUUUCCCAACAGGCGGCGGUACAAGGCCCCAGGGUGACAGGUAUCCAUCGCAACAACCUAACAGAGAAUAUCUCCCGCCUAGAAAUCAAUAACACGCCCGUACUAACGACCAUAGCAUUCUUAAUUUUUUUUAUCUCAUAGGUAAAAUUGUAAGUACAAAAAGUAUUAUGUAUUUUAUAAUAGCUUUUAAAUUUUAAAGUCUAAUGCCAGUAUGAUAACGUUGUCAAAUGAGUUAGUUGGUGCUACAUAACUACUAGAUAUGUAUUGAGAAUUAUUUGACUAAGUUUCUACGUAACUUUUGUUACAAGUAAGGAGGAUCACUAGAUGUAAUUAUGAUCACGAAAUGCGAUUCUGAUUGAACGAAAGUUACCAAAACUAGUUCA